AUGCAACAGCUUUUUUCUUCCAUCGAGGUGCUAACGGCAUAUUCUGGCUUGCUGUUGUAUUUGUUCCAAGGUACUGUGUGUGAAACACCGGUCGUUAAGAUCGAAGCUGGACUCGUCGCCGGAGUGCGGAGCCCUCUAAGUGGCAAAGUGGUUGACGCUUUCUUGGGAAUACCGUAUGCAGAACCACCUCUCGGGGACCUUCGUUUUGAGAGAGCGGUGCCUGCGAAGCCGUGGAAUGGAACCUACAACGCAACAAGUAAGCCAAGCCCGUGCGUGCAACUCGAUUUCCCGUUCUUACCGGACACCGUGUUGGACUACUCUAACUCAUCGGAAGAUUGUUUGUAUGUCAAUGUCUGGAGACCUGCAGCGGCUUGCCCUUCACUCGGAAAAUGCGACGCCAAGCUGCCUGUGAUGGUAUUCAUUCACGGGGGCGCAUUUCAGUGGGGCGAUUCGGCUCUUUUUGUGCACGACCUGUCUAACCUGGCGGUCAUGGCAAACGCAGUGACGGUGGGUUUUAACUACCGCGUUGGCGCUCUUGGUUUCUUGUCCACUGGAACAGCGGACCUCCCCGGGAACUUGGGUUUCUGGGAUCAGCACCACCUUCUCAAAUGGGUACAGAAAAACAUCGGUUCCUUUGGCGGAGACCCGGCGGAGGUUACCCUUAGCGGCCAAAGCGCCGGUUCGAUUUCAGCCUCUUUGUUUUCGAUCUCUCCACAAGGAAAAGGUCUGUUCAAGAGACUGUUUCUUGUGAGCGGCACUCCCCUUUCCAUAAUCGUAGGCCAGGCGUACAAAGGAGUCUCGAAGUUCAUUGGAACGGCUGCUGGCCAGGGGUGUUAUGACUUUGCAAAACAGCUAGAAAAGCAAAUCCCGGAGGUUAUCACUUGCUUAAAAAAGGCCGAUGCUAAGGUCAUGCUUGCGAAACUGAAAGAGGAAUUGCCUAUUAAACAGCUCUAUGCGCCAGUUCAUGGGGACGAAUUCCUUCCAACCGACCCUCUUGUUGAUGCGUCAAGCAAUGAUAUCAACACCAAAGAACUGUUUCUGGGGACAGUGAAAGACGAAGGUACAAUCUUUGUUCAUAACAUCAGGUUGGCUGCGUCGCAGUUUGGUAAUCUUUUGGCUACUGCAGAUUACCGAUUUGUUCUGACGUUUGGUUUGAGCACGCUCUUCGACAUUCCUGUGCCCAAAGCUAAGAACAUUGUAGAGCAUUACUACGGUGACUACGACGUAAAGCACACUGAUGAGGCGGUGAUAACAAUUUUCGCCCAUAUUUUCGGCGACGGUGGGUUUUACUGCCCCACCGUGCUAUUCGCGGACAAGGCGGCGGCGCUUGGCAUCAAGACCUACAGAUACAUUUACGAUCACAGAGCUUCAAUCAGCGUGUGGCCCAAGUCUUAUGGCGUGGUGCACGGGGACGAUGUCAUGUUCAUAAUGGGAUCGCUGCCUUUCAUGUACGAAAAGAGCAAGCACACACCUUAUAUGUGGAGUAUCGUCCAUGAUCAUUUUGGACUUCGAAACUACACCAAGGCGGAGGAUGACUUCAUGCAUCAGCUUUCAGACAUGCUGUCCUCAUACAUGACGACAGGGAAGCCGACGAUACCUUUGUCGCACGCCGAGUGGCCACAAUACUCCGCAGAAAAUCCUGACUAUAUUUACCUUCGACCCAACAAUUAUACGAGGGGUCGUGAGUUGAAACGACGCGACUGUGAUGUUUGGAAGUCUAUCUUGAUGAAAAAGUAA